CGCAGUCCGCAUAAGCAGCUCACCGUGUUCGCAUAUGCGGCUCUCGCAGUCCUCCAAUCACUAUUUCUGUAUCUAAGUAUAGUAUCAUCACCGCGACUUCGAAGCCGAGUCGAUGAUCUCACGCGGCGCGGCAGCCCAGUGCUCAAGUGGGUAUCACCAAAUUAUAUCGGUACCUCCGAACAGACACUUGCAGCCGAAAUGCGUUCAAGUUUCGCGUGAUAUACCCACGGCACGAGUCAUUCCAGUGUUUGAAAAAGAAAAUUGCAUCGACGUUUUUCGUGACAGCUCACAUGCCCAAUAAUGACGCAAAAGCAGUUCUAAUCUAGAAAAUUGGUCGAAUAGCUGGUGAAGAACAACAUUUAUGGAGUACCUAGACUGCAAUAGUUCCUCAACAUAGUCGAAGUGAUGUCGCAACGAGUAAAGUGUCAAUACGAAUCAAGUGCUAAUACGGUGAAUCAGGUGCAAAUAAUAUUUUAAUUGCCCGGAAACGCUUUAGGGAGGUGCCUUGAUUGGGAUAAUACGAACAAAACUGUUCAAUUUCACGGUCACCGGAGCAUUGAACAAGUGAAGCAGUGCUGCGUUGGGUGGGGUAGCUGCAAGAUAGAAGUAACAGAUUUUGUGCCGCUGGAUGCAAUAAUAGAAUGUGAAAUCCAAUAGAGCAUCCCGUUUGCUGAUAAUCUCUCCAUCAAACAGAUUGUUGGCUGAUAGAUAUUGCACAUGCAAUCAAUGUUAUAUAUCUAAGUGGGUUAGUACACAGCAGUACAGUGGAACCGGAUAAUAAUUUGUGUGAACUAAAUAUGGGAAGCAAUUAUUUUUUUCAAAAGCGUCUAUUUGUACGUAUAAACAGCUCUUAAAACCGCAAUAACAGACGAAAGUGUUAUGAGUUUAAACUCCCUAUAUGUCAUGGAGACCACUGUGUACAAGUGAACUAACGAAUCAAAUAAUUUUCGCUGUUUUUUGCGCGUUUGCCUUCUUCUGUACGAAGCAAAACCUCCCACUUGGCAGCAAUGCAUUUACUGAAGUAAUUGGCCCUGAACAAGAAACAUAUCGAUACAUGUGAGUAAUAAGGCUGGUGAAAAUCGAGUCUUAGCAAGAAAAAAAGCUUACAAAAAAGUUAAACAUCGAACAAAUUUGAAGUACACGGUGAGAAAGCACAAUGAAGUCAUAAACGAACCUACAGAACGGAGUAAUAGUCUUUUUCCAAGAUAAUAAAUCAAAUGACGACUAAGGUACAAAAUGGAUGCGCAGGGCAGCUAUGUGAUAAAAAUCAACAUCAACAAUUAAGUCCCUAGGAUAAAGCAAAUGAUAUACCGAGAUGAAUCACCCAAAGAUGGAAAUAACGCUCUCGGUGGAUGAGGAAAACGCGCUGACCUUGUACGAAGAACUUGAGCGAACCGACAUCAACACCUUGAACCUGAACGUGGACUGCUGUUGCGGUCUGCUUCGGACGUCCCCCUUCCACCAGCCCAAAUCCAAAUCGAGCUCUCGGGAAAGGCUUCGUGCCGACUCCGGAGUGUCCAGUGACGACGAGUUACACGCCGACAAUUGUUCACAGACCUCAGAGCACAAUAGCGAAAGUCGCGAAUCGGAAUGCGAUCACGACCACGAACACCAUGACCACCAUUUAUUUCAUCUUCGGCCGAGCGGUAGAGCACACCAUGGACAUCGCAGUAGAUCGAGUCUGGAUCGAAGGAACGAACGGUACCGCAGUUUUGGUCUGCUGGAGUCGAACAUUUUAAACUCGUUUCAGUUGCAAAAUUUUCGACGGAAAACUACGGGUGGUUACGACUCUGCUAGUUCGUCCGGGCAAACCAGUUAUAGUUCUACUACGUCGAGCAUGAUUGAGGACAUUUCUGAUAAAAUAGAGGAGAUUGGAAAACUGGACACCAACAUUCACUCGCUCAUGUACAAAUCAGUUGAGGUGCAUAAUGAUAUUUUGUCGCUUGAGGCAACUACAAAUCGUCUAUUGGCGGAUACCAAACAGCUAUCAGAUGACCUUGACGAUGUUCGUUACCUGGACGAGCUGAUAACGAUUCUGAACGGCGACAUUGGGCCCGUCAUACACCGCGAGUGGCCGUACGAAAUCCUAUUCGACACACCGAUAGAAGAAGGCACCCCGGUUACGUGAAGCAGCGUGGUGUCUGCAAACUGGUCACGCUCCCUACGUUAGCCGAUAAGUCUUAUUAUUCGCGACAGAGUGAGAGCGAUUUUAGGAAGUUUUCAAUAGCUGUACUGAACAGAGUGAAAUUAUAAUUUUAUG